GUCUUCCUCCCUUCUUUGACCUGACCUUUGCCUCUCUAGACUGUAUCCGAUCCACAGCAAGCUAACGUAGAUAAGGUAUCGAUGGACCUGGAAACUCCGAGCACACCGGCACAACAAACACCACCCGUCAGCGUCGUGACUGGGAAGCGAUCUACAAAUUCACGUUCAGUUUCCCCUCCACCUUCAGCAAAAAGAGUAAGGCGAGGCGCUAGUCCCUCGGACGAACGAGUUAAAUUGGAGGCGUUGAAAGAGUACAUUGAACGAUCUGAAGAACUCCUUACCAUGGUCGACACCCUAGCUGAACAAGAGGAAUCACUGAGACGCUUGGGUGUCACUCUCCCCGAACGGGAUCCCUCUAUAGAUACUUUUGUAACGAGGUCCCGACUGAGAAAAGUAGAAGUGGAGCUGGAGGCUGAACGAAAGCGGCGUCAAGAACUGGAGCUGAAUUUGAGUGAUAUAAGGCGGGAAUGCAGACAGCCAUUUUUUGUCCCUUCGUUGUUCGAUGCUUUCCUGCAGAUAUCGACGCUUACGACGGCGGCUACUGAACAUAUUUCAUGACGUGAACUUCGAGCUAGUAUCUACUCUGUUUUUUGUGACGAU